AUGAGCGGCCACGAGGAUUCCGCACGGGUCUACAUCGGCAACUUGCCAGAGUCGUGUAGCCAAAAGGAUCUCGAAGCUGAAUUCGAGAAAUUUGGCAAAGUAGUGAGUUGCGAAUUAAAGAAAAAUGUAGGAGGUACUGCAUUUGCAUUCCUCGAGUUUGAGGAUCCGCGCGACGCGCAUGACGCUAUUAAGGAACGCGACGGAAGCGAGUUCCUUGGGCGCCGCCUACGCGUGGAAACGCCUUUCAGUACCAAAGAUGAUCACCGUUCUAACCGUAGGCGUGGUCCUGGUCCACCCCGUCGUGGGAGGUAUCUCGUAGAGGUCACAGGGCUCCCGCCAACUGGGAGCUGGCAAGAUCUCAAGGACCACAUGAGAGAGGCUGGGGAAUGCGCCCACGCUGAUGUGUUCCGCGGUGGAGUUGGGGAGGUUUCCUUCUAUUCACGCAGCGACAUGGAAUACGCCAUUGACAAGUUCGAUGGAUCGACGUUUAAGUCACACGAGGGGGAAAAGUCGAAGAUUCGCGUGCGCGAAUGGCGUGCAAACUACCGAAGCCGCAGCAGAAGCAGUUCAUACCGUAGACACAGACGGUCUCAUGGUAGGGAGCGUGAGAGGAGCCGACGCAGCCCGCACAGUCGGGGGCGAAGUGCUGAUCGCAGCCGCGAGAGGGAACAUAGACACCGCUCACGUUCUGACUCAUAUGGUCGCCGCAGAUAA